GUCUCUUCACUAAUAAUUUUGACCGCCACAGAAAGAAGCCUAACAUUCAUGUUUAAGGACAAGCAAGGCUUUCGGAAGAUUAGAGGCAGAGAAAAUGCCGGAUAAGCAAACCAAAACAAAGAGGACAGACAAUAGACUGGAAAGAAGUGGAAGGACCUGUUUCCCCAGACAAAAGAGGGAGGGCAAGAACUUCUACAGAGAGAAAGAAGUCCACUAAACUGGUGUGACAUUAACAUUACGAUAGACUUCCUGGAUGAGAAAAAAGGGGAGAGGAGGAAGAAUUAGUGCGAGAAACGGUGGGAGAGAAAGAUGGAUGUAGUGCAGGUGAAGAGGGCGGGGUUGAGACAACUCUGAACGUGUGACUUAGACAAACACAGAGCCACACAACACAGUAAUCCCUGGAGCCUGACAAACCCCCUGAGAGGAGAGAGAAUGGGAGAGAAACCACAACACUAACCCUGGACUACACACACUGACACGCAACAGGGAAAAUGUAUGAAAUGUGUUGGUUUAUGUCACGGAAAGGGCAAAGGAUUAUAUCACUGGAUUGUUAAGGUUUCUUUCUCAAGGUCUGAGGCACACACACAGGGAGAGAGGAUGUCUUCAAUGUCAGAAGCAGACUCCCUCUGUAAACCGGGAGACACCAUCUGUAAUAUCCGUGUGUACGAGCAAGAAGUGAUCAUCGUGCCCAUCCUCCUAUUGGCUAGCUUCCUGGUCACGCUGGUCUUCAUCAUCCUGCUACGGUUCUGUCCUGAGAAGGUGGACCGCAUCCGACCACAGAACACUGUGGCCACGUCCAGAUCACAGCGCUCCAGGAGACAACUGCACGGCAUUGAUGCUCCCCUGGGUAUCAACCCGCUGGAGCAUGAGACUAUUGCUCUCGACGCCCCCUCCUACUCUACCUUCUCCCCCACUCACUCCCACCCCUCCUCCAACCAUAUCUCCUUCUCUGUGGGGACUCCCUCUCUCCCCCCCAUACCCCCACCCAAGACCCUCACCCCAUCCUUCCCAUCCAGCCCCCCGCCCCAGUCCUUCACACAUUCCUUCACCCCUAUGGUCCAGCCCAGGGAGCUGCCUCGCCAGAGGCUGCCAGAGUCCUUCAACCUGGUGGCCUCGCUGCCCGCAGCCUUCUCCCUGCACUCUGACAAGGCCGUCUCCCUCUACAGGGCCCGCAUGGACAACAGGAACGCUGUGCUCCGAGUGCUCAACGACUCUGCGAGCGCCACAGAGAGGCACAACUUCCUGGGCUUUGCUUCCUUCCUGUCCCAGCUGGGGCCACACCCCUUCCUGCCGGAGCUCCUGGGCGUGGUCUCUCUGCGUGUGCCCCUAGUUACUGUUGUUGAGGAGCUAGAGAACAGAGAUCUGCUCAGCUUCCUGUGGCGGUGCAGACAGGAUGGUGUGGGCGGGGACCCUCCAUGUGAGCUCACAGAGAGACGUAUAUUUACCAUGGCCAAACAGGUAGCCUCUGCUCUGGAGUUCCUCCACAGCCGAGACCUUCUUCAUGGCAACGUCCGUGCUCACAGUGUAUUGGUCAGCCGGGAGCUGACGGCCAAGCUGUGGGGAUUGGGCGGGGUCUACACCAGGAAUACCCAAGGAGCUACUCAUACUGAAGUUCCUGGCAUGAAGAAAUGGCAGGCCCCCGAGCUAUUGGCUAGGAGGCCUGCCAAUCAGAGCAGUGAUGUCUGGUCGUUUGGCAUCAUGUUGUUUGAAAUGGCGACCUUGGGUGAUGCUCCGUUUUCAGAUAUCUCCGUCAACGAGCUUCUGCAGUUUCACCAGAGAGGGAAAACACUGAGAAAGCCAGCCAACUGCUCCAACUCACUGUACUCCAUCAUCAAGGCCUGCUGCCAAUGGAAGGAGCAGGAUCGCCCCACAUUGGCCGAGGUCGACCGCAAGCUCCAAUCAGGAGAGAAGAGUGCCAACGACAAAGUCCUCAAGGUACCUGAGCCAAUCAACAUCGAGCAGUACCUGCAGGAGGCUGGAUAUGGGGAGUCCAACAGCUACACUGUUUUCUGAGUGGCGGCUGUGCCGGCCAAUGAAAUGCACUAUGCUGAGGGACGACGAUGGAUUAUAUAUGUACGGCUCCAUUCAUUCCAGAAAGAUAUUCACUUCUGCCCUUUUUCAGUCCCCUUCAUGGAUCUGAAAAACAGACAAAAGCUAUAUUUCUUUCACUCAGUCUCAUCAGAUCAUUGAAAAGGGGUGGAUGAGGGCAGAAGGGAGGAAACUACUUUCUGGACUGAAAUGCUGCCAAUGUCUUUGUGCCAUAGACUUAAGAUUGGUAGACUUGAACAGAUACAAUCGUUGAGUCAACUUCAGUUUGUAGUUGAUUGUGUAUAUCAGUCGAGGCUGCUGAGGGGAGGACAGCUCAUAAUAACAGCCAGAAUGGAGUGAUACCAUUCCAUUUACUCCAUUCCAGCCA